GCAGCUUGGUGGCCGACGCCUUUCCCCGGCGCUGCUUGGAGCUGUGCUGGGUUUCAGACUCCAAGGACUGUGCACCUUCUGAACGAGGGCUACGGUGCCUCUCACCCUCAGCUAAUUUCUCUACAGGCCUUGGCCUUAACAGGUGUUCGUGCCUGCCGUGGAGGCAGUCUGACCUAGGCCGUAUGUGUCUCUGGAGACUUUGUGCCUAUGGUUGGGGAUAGAGUGAGGUCGUUGCCUUGACGACGACAGCAUGCGGCCUGCGGUCCUCCGGAGUGUGAGCCUGCGGCGGGCCGAGGCCCAUCUGCUUCCCUGCUAGCUUUACUUGGGACCCGUGACUGUGUCCGCAGAAGAAAUCACAACAGCGCUGGAAUUGCUAGUUUGCUAGCCAGUAUCUUUUAGGCCUGUGGCCGAGAUGCAUUUCACCUUGAAUUUGUUUCCAAGUUGAAAACCUUUGGAUCUUUCCAUGUGAAAGGAUUUUAAAGAAACACAAGAAAAAAUUCCUACUGGUUUUAAAUUAAAAUGGAAAAAUAUGAGAACUUAGGAUUGGUUGGAGAAGGGAGCUAUGGCAUGGUGAUGAAGUGUAGGAAUAAAGAUAAUGGAAGAAUUGUGGCAAUCAAGAAGUUCUUAGAAAGUGAUGAUGACAAAAUGGUUAAAAAAAUUGCCAUGAGAGAAAUCAAGUUACUAAAGCAACUGAGGCAUGAAAAUCUGGUGAAUCUGUUGGAAGUAUGUAAGAAAAAAAAACGAUGGUACCUAGUCUUUGAAUUUGUGGACCACACAAUUCUUGAUGACUUGGAACUCUUUCCAAAUGGACUAGACUACCGAACAGUUCAAAAGUAUUUGUUUCAGAUUAUUAAUGGAAUUGGAUUUUGUCACAGUCACAAUAUCAUUCACAGAGAUAUAAAGCCAGAGAAUAUAUUAGUCUCCCAGUCUGGCAUUGUAAAGUUAUGCGAUUUUGGAUUUGCCCGGACAUUGGCAUCUCCUGGAGAGGUUUAUACAGAUUAUGUGGCAACCCGAUGGUACAGAGCUCCAGAACUAUUGGUUGGUGAUGUCAAGUAUGGCAAGGCUGUUGAUGUGUGGGCCAUUGGUUGUUUGGUAACAGAAAUGCUCAUGGGGGAACCCCUAUUUCCUGGAGAUUCUGAUAUUGAUCAGCUAUAUCAUAUUAUGCUGUGUUUGGGUAAUUUAAUUCCAAGACAUCAGGAGCUAUUUUAUAAAAAUCCUGUCUUUGCUGGAGUAAGAUUGCCUGAAAUCAAGGAAACAGAACCUCUUGAAAGACGCUAUCCCAAGCUCUCUGAAGUAGUGAUAGAUUUAGCAAAGAAAUGCUUACAUAUUGACCCAGACAAAAGGCCCUUCUGUGCUGAGCUCCUGCACCAUGAUUUCUUUCGUAUGGAUGGAUUUGCUGAGAGGUUUUCUCAUGAGCUACAGUUAAAAAUACAGAAAGAUGGCAGAAAUAUUUCUUUGUCUAAAAAACCCCAAAACAGAAAGAAGGAAAAAGAAAAAGAUGAUUCCUUAGGUGAAGAAAGAAAAACACUUGUGGUGCAGGAUACAAAUGCUGAUCCCCAAAUUAAGGAAUCUAAAGUAUUUAAAAUAAAAGGAUCAAAAAUUGAUGGAGAAAAAACUGAAAAAGGCGGUCGAGCUUCAAAUGCUAGCUGUCUCCAUGACAACGGGACAAGCCACAUCAAAAUGGUGCCUUCCACAAGCCUCGGAAAUUGCAGCAAUGGCAGUAUGGAGCAUACAAAGAAUCCUGGCAAGGCAGUUCCCCCACUUAUGCAAAAUCUUUCUGCAGUGGCACCUAAUAUUAAUUCUGGAAUAGGUACUAUCCCAGGAGUUCAGAGUUGCAGAUUGGAUGAGAAAACCAAAAAGUAUUACAUACCAUUUGUUAAACCAAAUAAACAUUCUCCAUCAGGCAUUUAUAAUAUUAAUGUUACCACAUCAGUCUCUAGUGAAAAGAGCCUCCUUCAAGGAAGUAACAAAAGAAGAGAAUUCUCAAAGACAGAUGUCCGUUUGCCUGAACUAAACUAUAAUCAUCUCCCUGAACUAAGAGCUUUGGAAGGCAUAGCUCGAAAUUCCAAGCUAAUCAAGAAGGAGAACAAAAUUCUUUCAGAAUCUCGAAUUCCUUCUCUGGCCGCUAUUGACCUGCACACCUCCAGUAUUGCAUUAUAUCAGGUAUCAGGAUCUCCUCUGUCAGAUGCUUCAGAAACUGACUUCCCUCGAGUGGAACACCAGCACUGAGGAUUACUUUGGUUCUGAACUGGAAAAUACUGCCAACAGACUCUACAGCAUGGAAAACAGAAAAUACUUAAAGCCAAGUAAGUGUACUCCAGCUUAUUUAAAUGUUCUUUGUAGAUAAAGAUCAGUAUAAAGAUACUAGCUUAAAGUCUGAGGAUCUAGGAUCAGUUAUCUUCUCACUUCCUACAUUUGCUUUUGGUAUAGUUUGCCUAUUAAAACACUUUGUGAACUUUAGAAUUAAGGAACUAAAAAUUACUUACCAUCAAACCAAGUUGAGAAUUAAGGAUCAUAUCUGGUUAGAACCUUGGCUGCAUUACUAGAAAAGGAAGAUUUUGCAAAUUGGCACUGUAGUUACCUAAGUAAAAUAAUUCCUUCUUCAGCUUAAGGUUAUUUAGUAUCUUUUUCAAGGAUAUGAUUUAGUCACACACUAAUAGGAAAUAUGUGUAUGUAGUGAUGGGGGAAAAUGGGCUUACGGUGUGCAUGUAUGUUUAUUUAAAAAUUUAUAAAUAUUAUAUCUUACUGAGCUCAAUAGGUGGCUUUUAUUCAGAUUUAUUAAAUUAAGAGAGUAUAAAUAAUAUAUAUACUAUUGUAUGCUAUUUAUCAAAUAGAUUCUAAGACUGUUAAUUCCUUCUUUUGAAAACUUUGGAUAGAGGUGUCACAGGUUAGUUUUCUUUCACAGCGGAUGACACAAGCAACAUAAAAUAAAAGGUCUUAUAAAGAUUUCCUGGUAAAAUUGUGACAGAUCCAGACUUAGAACCCACUUCUCCUGAUUAAGAAGCCCCUUGCUUGGCUA